CGGAAGUCAGAUCCCGGCCACAGCCGGAUGUUCCUGUCCCAGCGCCAUAGUCGGUAUUCUGAGAACCGGCGAUUUAGUGUUUUUGUUUUCUUUCCUGUCAAGCAGUCACCUGGAGGAUCCGGUGUGCAGACAGCAUUAUUCGUUCCAUGGUAAGCUUUAAUAAAUAUAACCCACGUGUUCCUGCAUGGCUGGGGGUGGGAGGAACCCCCGGUGUAUGUAGUCUUCCAUCACUGUCACAUUGCCAGGCAGUGUAUACGUGGGAUAGAGGAUCCUGUGCGAUGCAUACACGUAAAAUGAAUGAUUGUUCAGUUAAAGGGUUAAUCAAACCGUCAUGGUCAUGAUCUGCUUUUUGAAGUGUACAUGGUGGCAGGAGCCUGGACGUGCAGUGUAUCUGCUUGAAACACUGCACAUGCAGAGAUAUUUCUAUUAAAAUGCUGGGGACAAGUUGCACCACCAAUGUACUUGACCUAGGCAGCCCAGAACACUGUUUCAGGCUGCCUGAUGUCAAUUUUGUGCAUAAUAUACCUGUACUUUUGUUGUCAGAGCCUGCAAGGGAGAAGCAGGUCUCCCUUCCCACCCCCAGAGGGAACCUCAUCUGCUAUUUUUUUUUAAUCAGUGCACUCCCUAUCCCCCUCUCCUUGUGUGCACCAAGCAUGUGCAUGCACGCUGAGUCCUUUAAAUACUCAAUUAAAGUUUUCUCAUUGAUCUCUGUUCCUGACACUGGAUUGAGUUAAGUAAACUUAAAAAUGCCCCCAAGUUGAAAACUUCUGUCACUUACCUGAUUCCAGCACCUGCAGCUUUGGCGAGGGAGAGCACACACACACGUGUGCGGCGAUGGACACGCUCACAUUAGCACUUCCCCCAUAGGAAAGCAGGUGACACUGGAUGUUUAUUAAAAACUGCAAUAAUUACCUUUGCAGGCUUAAGCGACCUGGGACACAGCACCCAGACGACUUUAAUGAGCUGAAGUUGUAUGGGUGCCUUUAAAAACCCAGGGUAGUAGCACUACACGUUGAAAAGGGUUAUUCUCUGGAAUGAAAUAUUUUUAAAAAGAAAGGUUGUGGGGACAGGAUCUCUGCACUAUAACUAUAGGAUGAAUUGGUUAUAGUGCUUAAAGUGGUCUUUCAAGACUUUGAAUCAGUACUCUCACACAGUGACUUAAAGGAACACCCCAAGCACUGUAACUAUUUAAAUACACUGUAUUGCUUUUGGUGUCAAUAGUGCCCUGGCAUCUCCCAAUGUAAGUAGUCAAACCAUUUUAGAAUGGCUUGACUUCUUAUCUGAGAACUCUGAGCGCCGCUCCUGACCUCUCUGGUUCCUGUCUGAAGCUCCUCCUCCUGAGGGAACCGUGCAGUGCUAGCUCAUUGGCUGAGAGUGUCAACUGAUCACUCUUAUCCAAUGAGUUAAGCCUUGCACUUCCAGCUGCAUUGAGGUGGGGAACAGUAGGGCUUAGUUUAGCUAACAAGCUGCUAGCAAAGAGUUGGGGCAUGGAGUACGACAAGCCUCAGGAAAGAAGUCAAACCUUUCUGAAAUGGUUUGGCUUCUUACUUUGCAUGAAAUGUUAUAGUGCUUCUUUUAAUGUUAUUGUAUUGAGUUUGUAAACAAAUAUGUCACAUACAUUGGCACCUAGCAUACCUGUGAUGUAAAUUGUACUCCGUGUCUCUGCAACCUUUUUAAUGUAAACAAUGCCUUUCAGCUUAUUGGCUCAGAGAACUCUGCUGACACAAAAGCUUCUGGCUUCACAUGAGGCUGCAACCUGCACGCAGCAGUUCCCAGGGGAGAGGACUGAAGUGGUUGAGGUGCUUGGAGUGUUCCUUUAAUGAAUAUCUAUGAAAAUGACCGAAACACAGAUCUAUCUACACACUCAGAUGUUUAUGUGUUUAGUACUUACAAUGUGCCAGUCCUUCUGUGUACUGCUUUUGAUACCCUAUUAAAUAAUAAGCCAAUUAAAUGUUAGACUGUACGUUUUUGGUGAUUAAUGCAAAUAUAUAUUUUUUUUUAUUUGCUAUUUCUAGGGAUUUUGAUUAUGGCUGCAGCUACUAUAGUCCACGAUACAUCCGAAGCUGUAGAACUGUGCGCAUCAUGUGGCCUUUUUCUAAAACCUAUCACAAAAAUGAUCAUCAGUGUGGCACUUCCUCAACUGAAGCAACCUGGAAAGUCCAUUUCAAACUGGGAAGUUAUGGAGCGUUUAAAGGGCAUGGUAAAUAACCACCAGUUUUCUACACUGCGUAUUUCCAAAAGCACAAUGGACUUUAUCAGAUUUGAAGGAGAAGUCGAUAACAAAAGUUUGGUUAAGGCAUUUGUCUCUUCUCUGGAUGGAAAAAGUAUAAAACUUAGCGGAUUCUCCGAUAUCUUAAAAGUAAGAGCUGCUGAAUAUAAAAUAGAAUUUCCCACUAGGCAUGACUGGGAUUGCUUUUUCCGUGAUGCAAAAGAUAUGAAUGAAAACUUACCAGGAGAAAGACCAGAUACAAUCCAUCUCGAAGGAUUACCAUGCAAGUGGUUUGCCUCUAAAGAUUCUGGCUCAGAAAAACCAAGUGAAGAAGUCCUUGUUAAAGUUUUCAGUGUAUUUGGGCAGAUCAGGAAUGUCGAUAUACCAAUGCUUGAUCCUUAUAGAGAAGAAAUGACUGGUAGGAACUUUCAUACAUUUAGUUUUGGUGGCCACUUAAAUUUUGAGGCAUAUGUUCAAUACAAGGAGUAUGCUGGAUUUGUAAAGGCUAUGAACGCUCUUCGGGGAAUGAAACUAAUGCAUAAAGGUGAAGAUGGAAAAGCAGUGGCAUGCAAUAUAAAGGUGUGUAAUAUUGAGCUUUACAAAUAUAUUUUUAUGUUUAUGUAGUCUAUCACUUUGCUGGUGUACUAUUUCCCAAAAGAUCAUUUUUUCAAAAAAUGUUUACCUCAAGAUAUGCUAAACAAUUCUGAGGUGGUACCAUUCUAAUUCUAGCUAUUCUAAAAGUAGAAUUUGCAAAUUUGUAACAGAGAUAGGAGUAAGGAACGACCGAUUAUCGGUCUGGACAAUAUUAUAGGCCAAUAUUCAGAAUUUUCUGCAAUUUAGGUAUCUGCCUAGAAAUAUACUGAUAUUGCCGAUAAUGCAGAUCAGGGCAUGAUAACCGAGAUGGUUGUCAUGGGCCUGGGGGGCCUGCAGCACACUCAUACUUCCCUUCCCAGCAGUUCACUUUAGCUCCCCUGUCUAAAUGUCGCAAGUCCCGAAGCAGUCAGAGCGUUGCCACGGGUUACCAUGGCAGCGCUCCAUGCAGCACAUAGGCCAUGAGAGUUAGACAGGGGAGCUGCUGGGAAGGGAAGUAAGAGUGUUGCUGGGCCCCCUCUGCAGAGUCCAUGCCAUAUACCCCCCCUCCCUGGCCAGGUAAGAAGCGGGGGGGGACUAAAACACUGACGUUCUUCCGCUGCUCCCUCGCGUACACUGCUGUGAUGUUGGUAGCUGGGAUAUGAUGUCACUCCAGACCUGGCAUCCUGAAAUGGUGCACGUGCGUGGGAGCAGAGCAGGAAGCUGACAGUCACGCUGGACCCCAGGGAAAGGAUCCACUCUAGCUCUCCAAACUGUAUGGAGGCUGCGUGGACUUACACUAAAAAAAUGAUUUGUUUUAUUUUAUCAGAGAAUGUGUGUGUCUGGCAUUGUGUGUAACUGUUAGUCUGCCAGUGAGUGUGUUUGUCUUCUUUAUGUGUAAAUAUGAAAAAACACUAUAGUGUCAGGAAUACAAACCUGUAUUCCUGACACUAUAGCGUUAAACUAUUUUGGUUACCGACACCUCUCCGAUUGCAUGGGAAAGGUAUUUUUUUUUUUUUUUAUCAUGCCAAGCUGGUCUUGCCACAACUGGCCCCGUCUCCAUGGUUGAGAUCAUCAGUGUUGCUGAUCUCCACCAAUCCCAUGAUUUCCCAGAUGAAAACAAUGGAAGGCUAUUGCGCAUGCACUGCAAAACAACGUGCUGGACCAAUCAUUGUCUCCUCAUUGAGAUCCAUUGAAUCCAUGGACAUUCAGUGCCUCUAUGCAGACCAUGGAGAUGCAGAACAUAGCUGCAUACUGUUGGAAAGCACCUCUAGAGGUCUUACUUGGCAGUAGUGCUUACAUUAAAAAGCCUGCAGGGACAGGCUUUAGACACCAGAACCAUGACAUUAAGCUGUAGUGGUUCUGGUAAAUAUAGCGUCUCAUUAAGAUUUGGUACUUUUGGCAUUGAAAUAAAAGCUUUGUUUAAAAAAAAAAACAAAAACAAAAAAACGAAGAAAAAACAAAUCUGGCUCCUAGAUUCAAAAAGUCCUGCCCUAAGGGGUGAGCAAACUAUAUUGAUUUUAUGUUUCGUGCUGUUCCUGUUCCUCUUUGUAUUUAUGCUUUCAUUAUCUGGGUCUAACCUCCUGGAACUCCAGAGAAGUGAGUACUUGUAUUGUGGUUGCAUUGGCAUUAUUAAACCAUGGAUGUGUGUUUUUUUUCUUUUUUUUGUUAGUUAGGAAAUCUCACUCUAAAUAAGGAUUUUCUGAGUGUGUUUUGUCAUGCUGUCUUGCAGGUGUCUUUUGAUUCAACCAAACACCUGAGUGAGGCAUCUAUUAAAAAGCGGCAGCUGGAACGCCAGAAACUGCAAGAACUGGAGCAGCGACGAGAGGAGCAGAAGAGAAAGGAGAAGGAAGCUGAAGAGAAACAAAAGGAAGAAGAACGGUAUGGCAAUUUAAUCUUUUAAGAUAGAAAUAGAAUUUAAGCUGGCAGAAUAGAUAAUAUGCUUGUACGAGGUCAGACUUAUUUUUGAAUCACAUUCGCAACAUCCCCAAAAAAACACCAAAUGCUUCCAUAGCUGGCAAAUGUUAAUUCAGAUGUAAUUACAUGUAGGAAAUGGUACUUCACAAACUGGUUUCCAUGAUGUAAUCUGUCUUUUUACUGAAGUUUAAUCGGUUUAUCACACAAUAUUUCAGCACUAUGUUUUUGUUUUGUAACGUUGACAAGAGACAUCUUUGUUUUAUGCUCAAAAUGUUGGGACUUGUAAUGGUUGUAAAGCAAAGUGUCUUUUUUUUUUUUUUUAUAUAUAUAUAUAUUUUCCAGAAUUUUCAUUUUGGUGUAUCCCUAUUUCUUAUACAAGUUAUAUGCAUUUAAAAGUAUCUUAUCAGAAUGCUUAUUAUUUCUAUAAGUAUGUAAAUAAUGGCAUAUCAGCACCAAAAUUCCACCCCCUGAGAGAUCUUUGUCAAAAGCCCCUCAUAGAGUCGAGAUGUUACUGAGUCUGUAUGUUGGUGGAUUAAAUAUUUUUUGUUGUGUGUACUUUGGUGCUGUGACUCCAUUACUUGCUCACUUGUGCUGUUCAGUGAUUGAGGAAACCCUGGAGGCUGCACCAUACCCGAUCAGUAGUGUGUAUAUUCCCUUAAUAGUUUUAUAAUUUCUUAUAUACUUUCUUUAUCAUGUAUCACAGAAUCACAAUUUGUGCAUGAUGUGAAAACGUCUCAAUGCUUACCCUGUUAGGUAGUCUAAGCAUUUAAAAAAACUGAUAAUUUGAUUGGGACCCUCUGGGCACCUACGGCUGCAGCCCUGCUUCCAGAUCCUCCUUUGUGGAGAAUCUGGUUUGUUUCUCUUGGCUAUGCAGGGUCGCUCUCAUUGUCUGAGAACAUCAUAUCAAUUCUGCCAACCAUGGAGUUCAGUUCUAUAUUGGGCCGUGCUUAGUACAGGGAAAACAUUGCAGUGCAUGCACCCAGGGACCCAAGUAAGUUGUCAGAACAUACUUGAACUGUUUGAUAAAUUACUAAGGCACUCCUGGCACCAUUACCACCACCCCAGCCAGUUGUGUUCCCUUAAUAAAUGUAUGUAUUCUGUUUAUGUAGCAACAGAUGUAAUUUUGAAAGACCUUACUGGUUUGUUUCAUACUUACACACGGUAAUAGAAAUGACAUAAACACGGUUUCUAACCAUUUUUAUGGCACUGUUUCCUGUGUUUUCUAAAUAAUGGACUAAUUGUUGCAUUAAAGCAGACAAAAAGAGCAAGAAGAGCUUGAAAAAGAAAGAAAAAGGAAAGAGAAGAUGAAGCGGAAGGAGGAGAAGCAAAAAGAACGGGAAGUUCGAAAGAACAAGAAAAAAUUGCAAAAAUUGCAAGCUGAAGAACAAAAGAGAUUGCAGGAGAAAAUCCGAUUUGAAGAGAGAAGACUUUUACUGGCUCAAAGAAAUCUUCAGUCCAUCAGAUUAAUUGCCGAGCUGUUAAGUAGAGUGAAGGUAGGAUAACUGAAAUCUCAUGUUCUAACUUACAGAGCAUUAAAUAGCUUGAGCAGCUUAUUACAUGGCACUUAAAACUGUUUCUAAAAUUGUGGUAUAUAAACCCAAUGGGAUACUUCAAUCUUUUUCUUUUUAUAAAAAAAAAUAUAUAUAUAUAUGCGUAUAUAAUAUAUAUGUGUAUGUAUAUAAUUUGUUAUUGUUAUAAAUUGCACUAACUGUUACCUUGUGGACGGUGCAAAUCAUUUUUUCUCCCAGUCCUGACUGCUCAUCAAAAUCUCUGCAACAUUGCUUGAUAUUUGCUGUAAAAUGCCUCUGUUAUUUUUUUUUUUUUUAUUAUUAUUAAUGUGAGGAAAUUGGUGUAGGUUACUUUUUUUUUUACUUUUCAAUCGGUGGGGGGUGAGAACCAACAUAGUUUUUGAAUAUUUAUUAGUAAUGGGUUACUCUAAGCACCAAAAACUCAAAGAGACUGUGGUCUGGCAUAUAACGUAAGCAAAAUGGCUGUUUUUCAAUUUAUUUAUCUAAACUGCCAAGAGUACCUCUAAUGAUAGAAAUAUGUUUGUAUUUCUAACAUUAGAGUGCUUCUUUAAGCAGCUAGUAGAAAUAAUCAAAUAUUAUAAAGCCAUGAGGAAAAUGUACCUCUCACAUAAAAAAGCAUUGUUAUUUUGAGUGUAAAGCAUAUUUAUCCUUAUGACAAUUUUGUUGAAAUUCUAAAGUACUUACAAUAUAUACAUAUAUACGUGCCAAUGUAUGGGGGGAAAAUGUGCCAAAAGGCAUGUAGCAUUAUGAAUACAUCUCUGUAUUCAUAAUGCUACAUUACUGAUGUGAUUGUUUUAUUUUCAUUUUUUUUUUUUUUUUAUGCCUGGGCGGCCAUAAACUAAACAAAUUACUCACCAUUUCUGACUCUGUGCUGCUGCGACAUCCUCCUUAAGUGACGUGAACCUGGAGGUGUGUCUUCUGGAUAUCUGUCCAAUCCAAUUCUCCUCAUAGAGGAGCAUUAGGAGCCUUAGGCACAUGUGCCGAGCUUGCCAGAAUGUGCCUAUUAUUGAAUACAGACCAGUGGCAGACCGGUGCAUGAUGUCAUGGUAUGUUGCGGUAUGAGAGCCAGGAAGGAAGAUAACCAGAGUUUGGAGGCAUGGAGUGAAGCCACUUUUCAAGCCUUCUAGUUUGUGAAAUAAUGAGUUUUGGGGGGUAGGAGAGGUGGGGCAGUACUGCAGGUUACUAUAACAACUUUAUUAAGAUGAAGUUGUUAAAGUGUCUACACUCUUCCUUUAAAGUAGUUUCCACCAUGACCUUGCCAUUUCUUAUUAGCUGUAACUUGCAAUAACUGGUGGAACAAAAAUCCUUGUGUGUGUUGUGCAAAUAGAUACCUAUGGCAUUUCAUUGCAACCACAAACAUCAUCUCUGGUGGAUCUCAUUUUCUUAGGUCGUUUAUAUCUAGCUUUUCUGUUUCUGUUACCAUGGUGGCAGACAUGUCAGUGUGAAGAGUAUUUCUAAAAAUGCAAGAUCCCCAGUUAUGACAGUGCAGCUGAGAGAGGAUAAUGUGGACUGUGUUUUUUUUUUUUGUUGACAAACCUCUCUUUUUGGAUUUGAUAGUUAUUUAAUUUUUAAGAUUCUGUGGCAUUUUUUUGUUGGCUAAAACGAUGUAAAAAACUGUUUCUUGCCUGCUGCCUAUUUUACAAAAAAAAAUUUAUAAUGCAAAGCUAUCUUUCUUUUUAAAAAAAAAAAAAAAAAAAAUGUUUUAACUUUAUCUCUUUGUUAGUCUCUAAAGCUUCAUGAAGAGGAACAAAAGGAAGCAGAAAGGAUCCGACUUUUACAGUUGGAAGAAAGAAGGAAACAGCAAGAAGCAGAGCUGAGACGUGUUGAGGAAGAAAAACGUCGAGCUCUGGGCCUUCAGCAGAAAGAAAGGGAAUUGAGAGAGAAACUUCUGAGCAGUCUCCUUAAUAGAAACUUAUGUUCAAUCCCCCAAAGCAUUGAGGUUUCAAAUCCAGUACAUUAUUUACCUCUUAAACCAAGUGGAAAUGUCCCCUAUGAAUUACCAAUUAACUAUGUUACAUCUACCUCUACUCAGACACCUUCAGACUUUCAGCCGCUACAGCCUUACUGUCACUAUGCAAAUACACAUCUGCAGGGCAUUAAUGGAGCAAGUUAUGAGUAUCCUCUGGUGCAGGACUGUAAACAAAUAAGCAGCAUACAUCUUGGGAGACCUCUAUCUGCAUAUACCAGUAAUUUUGACAAUAUUAAUCCACUUCAUAAUCCAAAUUUAGUUAGUCAGAAUGUAUAUGUGAAUGAAUCUAAACCUCCCCCAAUUGUAAAAGAACCAGAAAGCAAUAGAGGACAAGAGGUUUCUAGUACAGAUUAUCAUACUGGGGAAAAAGUACAUAAACACAAAUCAAAACACAAGCGAGACUUGAGCAGUGAUAGUGAUGGACUUAAAGUUAAAAAAAGACACAAGAAACAUUCCUCUCGUGAUUACAGCCCAAAAGAAAGCAGACACAGAGGUAAAGAUCGAAGAGACAAAUACAGGAGCAAAAAGCAUCACAGGAGAUCCUGUAGUAGGGAGAGAACGUCAUGCAGCAGCUGAGCAUUACACAACUUGCAUGUGUUGCUGAAUUCAUUUUACUUUGAAUCCUUUUUAUUUACAACCCAUUCAGGAAUACUAUGCACUAAUUAUAAAGUAAGCUACAACUCUUGACCAACAUGCUUCUCAGACAUUCAUCAACUAGUCCUGAUUAGAGUUACUUAGAGGUUUGCAAGAUGAACUCAGGUAUAUCCACUAAAAUAACUGUUUAGCAACUUAAAGUGGAACUGUCAACCCUUUCCCCCUUUACAAAAUUAGUAUUUCAUAUUGAUACAAUCUUUGAAAUACUCAUACUGCCUGUGUUGGAAUUUCACUGAAAUUCCAAUCCAGUCUUAAAGUAGGGACUACUUAGUCUCAGUAUUUUUCAUACGCCUGACACUUCUAGACAGUGGGCGGAGCAACCACCGCCUUGAAGUGCCAAUCCCCCAGGCAUUACCAAUGACAGCCGCAGGGAAUUGGCUCUAUCUAUGGAGGAUCUUGCGAGAUCCUACAUAGACCUCAAUACUGUAAACUCACGCAUGUACAAGAUGUUACCAUCAGGGCUCUUGGUAAAUUAUGCAAAGUCCCCAGAUAGUGACAGCACCAUUUUUAAGGAAGCUCAUUUCUAUAUGAACGUCAGAUUGCUCUAUAUUCUGUUUUGUUAAUCAUCACAUAUAAUAAGUAAAAGCAGUGUACAUAUGACUUUAACCAUUUGAAAAAAGAUCACAACUAUCACUAGAUAGUAGGACAGGAGUCCAGUAAUCUGCAUUCCUAGUGGUAGGGAUUUUUGUAAUACUCAUAUCCAAGUACAGUUUGGUAAUUACAGACUGCUGCAAGACUGGCAAUGUGUAGCCUGUAAUUCCAAACAUGUUCUCUGUUAUGGGUUUAUAUAAAAUGUUUGAGCUACAUAAACUGCUAGGUGAUAGUGAAAUGCCAAUUUUGUUAUGUUGAAUAAUGUAAGGUACAUUGGUGUCUUUCUCCAUUAGAUGGAGAAAUUAAAAAUGAAUAAAUUAUAUUCAAAAAUCUUUUUUCUUUUUUUUUUUUUUUAAUAAUCCUUAUUGGUGUAUCAGCGGUAGCUUACUCGGUUCCAAUGACCACAUUUAAGUAAUAAACUAUUUAUAUUUCAGUUCUACACAGCUAUUUGUUCAGUUUAUUUUAAUUGUUUUAUUGCAUCGUGUAUUAAAGGGACACUGGAGACCCCCUUACGUGUGAAGAGUGUAUCUUCUUUUAUAUCAUUUUACAAAAAGUGCAGAUUUCAAUAGAAAUUAUCACUUCUACAAAUAAAACUUGCUACACCUCACUGGCAGUCGGUCCUGUUACUUCUUG